AUGGCCCCGACACCGACACGGCCUCUUGGAGAGACCACAGGCAGAUGCGGAUGGAAGGUUGGGCGGCCACGGUCCAGGAUCUCGCCCUCCAUCAGAUACCAAGGGAUCCAGGUGAUCGGGACAGUGAGCAAGCAAGGUCUGCAAUACAAGAGGAGGCUUCGUCAAGUGAUCCGGAAGGAGAACAGUAAUUUCCAGAAGGCGGCCCUUCAAGUGUUAGAAAAGGCCCUCCAUCCACUUCACAGCUCACUGGAGUCCCUUCGCACCCGACUUGAUGCCCUCUGCUGUCAAGUGGAACAGAUAAAACGUUCAAAUUCUAACCAGUAUGCUGAUGAGAACUACAGAUCAGAGGCAAGCCCCGAGGUGGAAGAUCAGAAAAAAACAGCUGCUGCCGAUGGAUCGACUGUGAGCGAAGCUCCAGCUCUUCACUUGCGGUUUCUUGAUGAUUCCUUAAAAACACCUGUUUACACAGAGCGCAAAUUAACAGCAGAAGGUGAUAAGGCUAUCGAGAUUGCCAUAUUCAGAGAUAACCAGAUAAUUACUUCUGGUUCACUUUCUUCUGCAAGAAUUGAAGUUGUGGCUCUUCAUGGUGACUUUCUUUAUGUUGUACCUGAUAAUUGGACUGGACAUGAUUUUACUGGACGGAUAGUACCGGAUGCUCUGGGAGGUGUUUGUCAAGUGAAGCUGAAGAAUGGGGCGGCCUCUCUUAGUGAUAUCUGUUUUAAGAAAGUGUCUUCAAAGACUGACAGUGGAAAGCUCAUUCUGGCAGCAAGAGUUCAUAGAAGUGAUAGUGGUGGUCUUCGAGUUAUGGAAGCCGUAAUGGAUGCUGUCGAGGUGCAGGUUUUGAGAAACCAAGUAAAUGAAAAAUGUAACCGUCCAAAGCUGAAAGAUGAAGUAUACCGUUUGAACGGAAUAUCAAGAAAUGGGCAACCCUUGAAGAAGCUUCAGGAGAGAGACAUCUACUGUGUAGAAGACUUCCUAAAGGCUAUUUAUAAGGAUAAAGAAAACAUCCGCAAUGAAUGUUUCAACAUAAAGAAGGACAACAAGCGUUGGGAAGCCACAGUUAAACAUGCCAAGGAGUGCGACCUCGAAGGGAAUCACAUGCUGAAAUUAUAUAGGGCUGAUGAGGAAAAUGUUGAGCUCUUCUUUAACUGCAUACAUGAUAUUGUUGGAGCAAAGUUUAAUGGGUGCUAUACCCCAAAUGAAAAUUUUAAUUUGAAUCAGGAGGUUAAAGUGAAUCAAUUGCGAAGACGUGCAUAUGAUGAAGUGGCUGGUAUUGAAUUUAGCCACGAAAUGAAAGAAGGUGGCCCCAUGCCUUUGUCUACAACUACAAACAUAGGUAUUGCUGAUGAGGCAUCUGCUCCCUUGACAGGCAUUGCAGGACUACAUCCUCAAGGUACAUCAGAACCAAUUAUUCCCGAACCACACGGCGCAAAUGGCUAUGAAGGUAAUCCAGCAAGUGGGCAGAUGGUCCACAAACAAGUUGCUGCUGCUGUUGCUGAUAUAGGGGGCCACUUAUCUGAUAUCCCCCCACCCGAGGGAGCUGAUGGCGGUGAUCACUGGCUAGGAGCAACUCAAAAUACAUGGGACACUGACAACCUUGACGGCGGCUUUCCUGAACUAACUGAUUUCGAACUAGAAAAUCAUGGAUUGUCGGGAAAAAGUUGGCAGUGGCAGGAUUCAAACUACUUCCUGGGUGAUAACUCUAUGGAAGCAUCUACUUCAACUCAAACCAAUUUCAUGCCAGGACAUCCAUUUCAUUAGGACCAUCGAUGUGUCACACCAUCCAAUGGACGGGAUAUGGAGGUUUCUUUCCAAAAUAAUAACAAAGCAGAGCAAUUUGUUUGCCUGUCAUUCCAGUGCCAAGUAACAUGAGGAUUGCUAGCUUUGUAAAAUGUGUUGGUCGUAAGAAUGUUGCACUUAGUUUAAGUUCGUCUGUUUUCGAGCAAACAUCUGGGUUCACAACUGACUUGAGCUAUUCUGCUGUGUAAAAAUGAGGCAGAUUACCCUCAACUGGCAUGAUGGGUGAUUGGGUUAUUAGGUCUUCCCUGAUCAAAAAUCUUGGUAUGAUUAGUUUGGCACACCAUCGUCAAGCACUGUCUACCAUAUUACUCCCUCACUCCCAUAAUAUAAGAGCAUUUUUGACACUAAUGUAGUGUCAAAAACGUUCUCAUAUUAUGGGACGGAUGGAGUAGUAGAGUUUGUCGUG